CGGAGAGUUCUGGAGUCCACCUAAGGAACCUCAGCAAUGCAGUGUAACAAAUAACCUGAGAAUAACCACACCCAAGGAUAAAGGAAGACAGCCUCAUUUUGCCUGCAUCACUCCAGCCCCUGAGCCAGCGUUGCUCCUCCGGGUCAGGAGGGAGCUCCCCGGCUGAGAGAAUGCCCCUCGCUGAGAAAGGAAGAAGGAGAACGGAGAUGUGGCUUUUGAUUCUGGUGGCGUAUUUGUUCCAAAGAAAUGUGAAUUCAGGAUGUAUGCCAACUAAAGCUGCGGAUCCGGAAGCAUUCAUGAAUAUUAGCGAAAUCAUCCGACAUCAAGGCUACCCUUGUGAAGAGUAUGAGGUUGUGACAGAAGAUGGGUACAUCCUUUCAGUUAACAGAAUUCCUCAAGGCCCAGCGCAACUUAAGAAAACAGGUCCGAGGCCAGUGGUAUUACUGCAGCAUGGCCUGAAUGGGGACGCCAGCCACUGGAUCUUCAACCUGCCCAACAGCAGCCUGGGCUUCAUUCUGGCAGACGCCGGUUUUGACGUGUGGCUGGGGAAUAGCAGGGGGAACACCUGGUCUCGUAAACACAAGACCCUCUCCGUAGACCAAGAUGAGUUCUGGGCUUUCAGUUAUGAUGAGAUGGCUAGGUUUGACCUUCCUGCAGUCAUAAACUUUAUUUUGCACAAAACCGGCCAGGAAAAGAUCUACUAUGUCGGCUAUUCACAGGGCACCACCAUGGGCUUUGUUGCUUUUUCCACCAUGCCAGAACUGGCUCAGAAAAUCAAAAUGUAUUUUGCUUUAGCGCCCAUAGCCACUAUUAAACAUGCAACAAGCCCUGGUACCAAAUUUUUGUUGCUGCCGGAUAUGAUGAUCAAGGGACUGUUUGGCAGAAAAGAAUUUCUGUACCAGACCAGAUUCUUCAGACAGUUUGCUAUUUACCUGUGUGGUCAGAUGAUUAUGGAUCAGAUUUGUAGCAACUUCUUGUUUCUUAUGGGAGGAUUUAAUACAAACAAUAUGAACAUGAGCCGAGCAAAUGUGUAUGUCGCUCACAUUCUGGGCGGGACGUCCGUGCAAAAUAUCCUACACUGGAGCCAGGCAAUGAAUUCUGGGGAAUUCCGGGCAUUUGACUGGGGGAAUGAGACCAAAAAUCUGGAGAAAGGCAAUCAGCCAACUCCCGUAAGGUACAAGGUCAGAGAUAUGAUGGUCCCCACCGCAGUGUGGACUGGGGGUCAGGACUGGCUUUCAAAUCCAGAGGACGUGAAGACGCUGCUCUCCGAGGUGACCAAUCUCAUCUACCAUAAGAACAUUCCUGAGUGGGCACAUGUGGAUUUCAUCUGGGGCUUGGAUGCUCCUCACCGUAUGUACAAUGAGAUCAUACAUCUGAUGAAGCAGGAGGAGACCAGCUUCUCCCAGGGAAAGUGCGAGAUCAGGCUGUGAAGCAUCCGAUACUGAUGAGUCUUAGGAUUUUUCACGAUUUCCAGAAACUGGAAACCUCUCCUAUCAGUAGAAGGGGGUGGGGAAGGGAGGGCAGAGAUAUAAUACGCAUUCCUUCAGAGUUCCUGUAUUUGACACUAAAACGGACAUUUAAAUUUUUUUAGCUCAUUAAAAUACUCAUUGGGUGAA